AUACUGGCUAGAAAAAAAUUAUAUACGUUAUAUACGUUCGAUUACAAAAGGAUUCUUUUAUUGAUAAAUGAAUAGAGAAGUUGUAAGAAAAGCUCUGAAAAGUAAGAAAAGCUGUGUUGCAAAAUCCGUCAUCAAUCAAGUGUAGUAGUAGUAAGCGUGAAGGUUUUCAUGAAGCCCGAAGAAAAUACGCGUUACAGCUUGCGGCAGCGUCUGUCCUGCAGCGUCGUUUGUAGAGGUACGUCCGUCGCGGCGUGCGUGAAAAAGAGGGACGAGACAUCUGGCGCACUUGGCUCGCCGUUGUCGAUCGGCAUUCCCUUUAACAUUUCGAAAAGAGCCAAAGCAGGCGGUGGUCGGGAUGACGUCGUGUCGUCAUCGGCGUCGUUGUCGUUGUCGACGGACUAGACGGCCAGCAAGCAAACAUUCACGUUAAAAUUGGAUUGGAUUGAAUUGGGAGCAGCAACUAAAAGACGCUUUCAGAUCUCUUUCGAACGUCGCCGCCGUCGUUGGUUGCUUGCUUGCUUGCUUGCUGGUCGACGCCAGACGUCGUUGUGUAUCGAUUCAUUCGGCGGCCCUGGUUACCUUAGUCUCUCCCAGGUAAGCACAGUACGACGAAACUUCGGCGACCACCACUUUCUAGUUGCCAUGUCAACUCAACAGUCGUCUUCGAAUAUAGUGAAAUGUCAAACGUUUCUUUUCAUUCUUCGAACCGUACCAAUUUCUUUCAUGUAAACGUAGACCCCGUUCUUCGCGCGUCCAAUUUAAUGCAGCAACAUAAUUAUCGUUAUCGUUCCCGUUUUGUUACAGGACCGCGGACUAUUAUGUCCCUGCCUUCGAUGGUACAUCGAUCAGGGAACGGUCUAGUUGUUCGCAGUGUUGUCAGCGGAGACGCAAUAUACGGCGAAGACGUAGAAGAGGAGGAAGACAAGGAACGUGAAGAGUUUCGCGACUUGCCCGAUUGCAAAAUCAAACGAAAUUAUUCGUGCAGCAGCUGCGACUUCUUCACGCAAAAUCCCAGACAUUUCCUGUACCAUUUGCGUGAUGUGCAUAAAGAGAAGGUGAAAAUAUACGAGUGCCCGAACUGUAUCUACGCAUCGAAGCAUUUCCAGAAACUUCUCAGGCACGCCAAAAUGGUACACGGCGGAACGGACGGGAUGGAACUGCCGGAAUUUCCCCGGAAAGGCAAGAAGCGCAGCAUGCCCGAAGAAGAUACCGAAACUAAUUCGGAAGCUGUCGAAGAAGAACCGACAGUUUUCAAGUGUUCCUUGUGCCCUUUUACAUCGAAGGGACAAAACCAACUGACCAGGCACGAACGCGAAGAGCACAUCAAGACCAAGUUCUUCCGCUGCACCAAGUGUACUUACGUGACGCAUAUGAAGGCCAGGUUCACAAAACACGUCAAGUACCAUUCAAUGCCGAUGAUAAAGUGCGAAAUGUGCGAUUUCCGGACGCCUUACAAGUGGAACCUGGACAGACAUUGCAAGAACCACAACGGUAACGGUGCCUUCCGGUGUUCCGCGUGCAAUUUCACGGCGGACAUAAAGCAAAGCCUGACGGUGCACGAAAUGAACCACCACGUUCCGCCCGUGGGCCAAGCGGCCGGUUUGGGCGUAGGAAGAAGGCGCAACAAGGUGGGGGCCAGCGAUUCCGUGGGCGCCGAGGAAACAGCAUCGCUGGCUGCUGCUGCUGCUGCUGGUGCACACCAGGUGACCGAGCCCAAGGAGGAGCACCCGAAACAGCAGCGUCGAUCGAAAGCAGUCGCAGAUAGUUUGCGAAGCAAAAAAUUCGCGUCCGAAAGGCUAAAAAUACCCAACAAGAAGUCGAAAAGUGCCAAGAACCAAUCGCACCAGGGUUGCCACGCUUUUGGAUCUGACUUCAUCCAUCCUGACGACAUCAUCCAUCAUGCCAACGGCAACAUCUACAUCAAGACCAAGUGCAAGCUGUGCAAUUUCAAAUCAGCUUGGGAAGGAGAAAUGGCCCGCCACGAACAGAAAGUGCACAACAUUUUAAGAGAUAAUAUCGUUGCGACCAAGACGGCUCCUACUCCGAACCCGGUCCCACCACCGCCACCCCCCGUCGCGGCGAAGAAACCCACCCGGCCCGUUCCCAAUCUGAUACCGUUACCGUUCAAGAUGCCCAGUAGACCCGUGGCGUCGGAAUCGUCACCCGCUUAUCAUCCACCAAUCGAGGAAGUCAUCAGUCAGAAAGACAUAAACGAUAUCUGUGCCAAAUCGGCCAACAGUGCUUUGCGCGAUUUUGCAUCGUUGUUCAACAGCGAGGACGUGUUCAAGACACCCCCGACCGUUCAACGGUCACCGGAACAUCCGAAAGUUUCCGGCGCCUCUACGACGACGAUGGCGUUCAAGCGGAAAAACGCGUCCUUCUUUGACAAACUGAAGGAAAAAUUGAUGACAGGUGCCGGUGAAAGUGUCAGUUUGACGUGCCAGUAUUGCGGACACAGGAGCAAGUGCCUCUCCGAACUGGCCGGACAUCAGAAAGCCUGCGGCAAACAGGAAGUGCAAAUUCAAAACCUCGCGCCCAUACACAACAUCAGCUCGUCGCGUUGUCAGUAUUGUCGGCAGCGUUGCAAAUCCAGCACCGAUCUCUUCGUUCAUCUACAGACGUGUCCGGAAGCGAUCAGAAGGAUACACCAGCAAGAGCUGAAGGAAAACCAUGCCGACGAUACGGUCGAAAUGGACACGAAUUGCGAAGAAACCGACGACGACGGAUAUUUCUACAGGAGCAAUCCGCACCCCAUGGAGAAUCGCGUCUUCGUCUGGAACAACAUCGAAGUGCCGCUGGACAUCGAGAUGGACAACAGCAACCACAACAACAGCGGACAGUUGUACAUCGAUUUCGGUAACGACGACAGGCAGGAGGACAACGUCUCCUUGGACUUGUCCAUCAGAACUCAAUCGCCCAUGAGCGAGAACAGCUUCGUCGGAUCGGAAAUCAUGCACAAUAAUAACAACAACAACAACAAUAAUAAUAAUAACAACAACAACAACAGUACUAGCAGCAGAACUGGAACUUCAACGGAAAAAGUGCCCACCCAUGGUAACGAUAUUGCCACGGCUCAGGUGGCCCAGCAUAAGAGGGUCUUUAAAUGUCCCCACUGCAGUUUCUGGGCGUCCACCGCAUCGCGGUUUCACGUGCACAUCGUGGGCCAUUUGAACAAGAAACCGUUCGAAUGUUCCCUGUGUGCUUACCGGUCCAAUUGGCGCUGGGACAUUACCAAACACAUCAAGUUGAAAUCGGUCCGGGAUCCUGCACACGAGCGUGCCAAAGUUCUAAUGACUGACGAAACGGGACGUCGCAACUACACUAAAUAUAACAAAUACUUAACGGAAAUAAAAUUUACGGGUGAUCAUAACGAAACAAGUGGUGGCGCUGGUACGCGACCAAAGAACAACACUAAUAACAAUAAUAAUAAUAAUAAUAAUCACGAUCAUCAUGUGAAUAACAAUAAUAUCGGCAACGGUGAUCCUAGCUUUAACCAAACGUUUCCUUCGAAAACAGAGUUACCAAAACUUACCAGAGCACCUUCGAGUAGUGAUUUUAGUCCUUUGUUGAAGAACUCUCCCCUUCGACCGCCCCCUCCCCUAAAGGCAGCCGACGAAACCUUUUUCGCUAAGAUUUCCUCCGAGAAAAAGAAGAACAACAACGACGCCAAGAAAACACUGUGGAAAUGCAAAAAGUGCAACUUCAGGGAUGCAUCGCAUGAAAAGCUUCUCGACCACGUGAAAGGUCACUACCAGCAAGACAUUGGAUUUCAAGGUAAUAACGUUAGUGGAACUUCGUCAGACGGUCAGGCCCUUAAUAAUGAUGAGGCAAGUGAAGGCAGGGCAAUACUGCGAGGGCAUGCGCCCUUUCGGUGUGGGCACUGCCAUCAAGUAUCAAAUUGGAAGCAUGUUAUUCAGAGGCACUGUCGUCUAAAACAUAGGGGUGACAUUCGUGUUCUAGUGGGUACAAAGUCCGGAGUUGAACGAUUGGAAGUAGACGAUCAAACGGACGAGCCCGACCACGUCGAUGUUCCUCAAAUGGGUACUUUCAAAUGCAAGCAAUGUCCCUUUUCAAAUGACUACAACAAAGAGUUCGAAAGUCACCUUGCUUGCCAUGUCGCGUCAUCCGAUAGCAUAAUGAAGUGUUAUUUUUGCACGUUUUUCGUGUCAGAAAAGGACGAUCUCUGUGAGCAUUUAAAACUCCACGGCAUCACAGAACCGGAAGAUUACAUGUUGAAAAUGAUGGAGAGGAACGGUUCCGAAGCAGAACUCAGUAAAAAAUAUAGGUGUGUUGUAUGCCCUUACAUUACUAAUAGUAAAUCUCAAUUUUUAUAUCAUAAACAAUUUCACAAGCCAAGAGGUGGCCAGUACUCCUGCAACAUAUGCAGUUACAACGUUUCUAAGCGUCAUCUGCUUCAUCAACACCUUAAAGUACACAGUUCUACUAAUUCAUUGACUGAUAAUAGCGAAGAUGUAAUAGAUGUGGACGAAACGCCAGAGGAAUCCGAAGACGGAUCAUCCGCAAAUUCCAGUUUCGAAUCGCAAAGUUUGCCUGAUAUACCCCUGGUGUGGGUGAGCAAAGGCGAUAAGAUUUCUAAAAUGUUCAAGUGUCGUUUCUGUCCACACGUCAACUUGAGGAAAGUUAAUAUCCAGGAACACGAGAAAAUGCAUGGAUAUCGUGAAAAAACAAAAGGUAACGAAAUCGAACAUCGCUGUAGUGAAUGCAAUUAUGUGUGCAAUAAUGCUGGCGUUUUGUCAUCACAUUCUAAAGUUCAUCAAGGUCUAUAUGGCCAAAUCCACUGCCUUGUCGACUCGACUAAAUCUGACGACGAACAAAUUCACGAACUAAGCCGUCUAAUCAGUUUACAAGCGGCCCAAGAAAACGAUUCUGUCGAAAAGACGGAUGAAUACGAGAAUCCAGAAAACAAUACAAUGGAUACGGAAGAAGAAGAUGGCGAAGAAAAGGACGACGUCGAUGACUCUUUGCUCUAUUUUUGUCGUAAAUGCCCUGCAAGAUUUCUAAAAGAAAAGGAAUACAUAAUACACAUGCGUUUCCACUGUGUUCGUCUGUUUUACAAAUGCGAAUUUUGUACUUACUCUGCAAGACAGAAACCACAUUUACUAUCGCAUAGUAAAGUUCACACUUUGGAAUACCAGGAAAGAAGUAAAGAACUCAAAAGCAUUUUCUGUGUGAAUGAUAAACACAAGCCACCUCGAUUGGUCGUCCUGAACGGUGGCGAGUGGGUUGUUGCAGAUGACGACGAAAAAGACUUCGAAAAUGUCACCACUUCAACCCCAAAGCAUAGAGUUACCAUGAACGUUCCGUUAUCGGGGACUGAAUUGUUUCAACAAAAAUCCGAAGCAGAAAAAUUGAAUGCUGCAGCAGAAAAAGCAUCAAAACAAAAUCCACUUCCGCCUUCACAAAGGAGAACUAGUAUAACAAACGGAAAUCCCAAUUUUGUGUACCCCACUAGUUUGAAAAAUGGGCAGGUGAAAGAAAAACGGUACAAAUGUCACAAGUGUCCAAGUGCUUUUGAAAAACAUGAACAAUACAAAGUUCAUUUAAGUUUGCAUGGUGCCAAACAACGGUACAAAUGCGAUCACUGUGAUUACUCCGUAAAGUACUAUGCAAAUUACGCCCAACAUCUCAAAAAGCAUAACGCGCAAUCAGUUAAGUCUAGUAGUAAUCAUUCUGACAAAGAAAUGAACGCGUAUUUAACAGAAGUAACUGUUAAAACUGAAAUUCAACAUCCGCGUGCUUCGAAAAAUAUUUCGUCUAAAAGGGGUCUAACUGCGGAUGCGGAACUCGACGCACUUACCAUCGGAAAUCAAAGACGAUCCAGUUCUAAUAAUAAACACGUUCUUACAGGUGCGGAAGAGAAGAAAAUGUUCUGGUGUUCUAAUUGCCCUUAUGUUAAUCACAGGAAGGAUGCCGUGGAGAACCAUCAGAAACGUCACGUAAGCGUUUCUGGAAUUGAAAAUAAUUACACGUGCGAUCACUGCGAUUAUUCAGCACCCCAACAGCACUUCAUUAGGGAUCAUUCAAAAUUACAUGUUGUAAAAAAGGAAGACAGUCAGACAGACGAGCCAAUGGCUUGUGAUAAUGAUAAAAUGUCUCCCGAAGAUAUUAAAAGUGAAUCAAGUGAUGAUAUUGAGGAACAUCUUGUAAUAGAACCUACGAAAGUUAAGGAAGAAAGUAAUACGGAAGUUUUAGACAACAUUAAUAACAACAAAGGUGAUAAGACAUUCGUUAAUCCUGAAAAUGGUGAAAUAGUGAAAAAUAAAAAGGUCAAGGACGAGGAGAGCGUGGAGAACGGGGAGGAGUGUGCAUCAUAGUCAAUUGUUAGUGGUAGUAUCAAUUAAUUAGUGGCUGUAAAUUUCCUACUAAUCAUUAUAUUAAACAAGUACAAACUGUCACUUAUUGCCUUCGUAGAGUAUUUUUACAAAAGUAUUGCACAUAUAAGUGUAUUAUAUACCUACCUACCUACCUACCUAAGGGUAGUAAAAAGAUGUUUAUUUUCAGUUAUUUUGUUUUAUAGGGGGAUUUAGUUACUUAUUUAAAUCAUGCCAAAGCAUUUAAUGCCAAAAUGCCAUUCAUUAUGUUGAUUGUAUUUUUUUCUUUUAACUUAAAUAAAAUAUGUUACAAUUUG